UCAGCUGUGGACCCCGCCGUGCUGCUCACUAGUAUCAGUGUGUCUGUGUCCGCGUGUCCGCCGUGUCCGCUGGAAGCCAUGCUGCUGCCGCUGGUUAUGUGGACGCUCCUGAUGAUAGUCCGGUCUGAGCUGGACGACUACUCCUUUUACGAGCCCGGAGCGCCGCUGCGACGACAGUUUGAGCUACUUGAACAGAAGCCGCACAUGAUGAUCACUUGCACGAGUACGACCGUGAUCGGUGAGCUGAAGUACCGGCUGACACCGCCGGCACCGGAGCCCGACUCCGCGCCACCGUGGGUGGUGUACCGGCUGUCUGAGCCCCCUGAGAGCGGUGACCGGUCAGCCGACCCGUACCCCACCCUUCAGCGCUGUCUGGGACACCGGGCCUGCGCGUUCCGCUUCAGCAACGAAUUCUGCGGACGGGACCCCGCCCCCGGCCGGAGGAAGCGAAUCUUGCUGAUGGUGAGCUGUUUCGAAGACAUCAAUCACUCCAAUGCAGCGGUGGUGCACCUCCAGUACCGGUCGCUGCUGGAGGCCGGUGUCAGGAACUACCCGGCGGUAACUGUGGAGGAGCGGCUGCAGCCGGCGGACCUGGUGUUCGGUCUCCGCUGCCCCAGAGAUCGGCAGGCCGCCGCGGCCGCCGGCUACCACGGCGUCUGCUCGGGUCAGGUCGAUGACCCGGACCAGCUCCGGCAGAGGGCUGCCUUCAUCCUGGCCACAACCCACUCCGCCCAGUGCCGGAAGCAGCUCAGCCAGGUGCUCUGUUCGUUAGCCUUCAGUCGCUCGGCCGAGUGUCUGCCCCCGUUUAUGUGGAGCGAGGAACGACCGAGCGAGCUGGUCGCCCCUCGAUUCGGCGAUGGCAGUGACGGAAUGACAGGAUCCGUACCAGCGGCCAGCG